ACAACAGCGAGCAGCACACGCUGUUGCAAGCAAGCCACCUUAGCUCACCUCACCGUCGCCAAACAUGCUGACCCAUCGGCCUGGAUUAGUGCACGCGAUGGGAUAUAGCCGGACGAUAGCUGACGAUAGACCUCUAGCACCCCCUCACAGCGCUAUAGCAGGUGGCAUUCCUGGAAUCAACAGUUUCCUAUCGGGAGGAUCAGUCUUGGCUGCUCCCUACAAGGUUUCCUCCGUUCACGCUUUACUAUUGAGCUGCUGUUGCGCGACGCAGAUCCACGCGCCACGUCUUCCCAGAUUACAGAUGUCGAAGUCAGCUUGUGUUUUUAGGGUUUCGGAAUCCUAGGAGACAACAUAUCGGUUUAAUCGCAAGUCUGUUUCUACCCUCUAGUAGCCAUGCCUGCUGUUUGACAUCUGCUGCUGCGAUUCGGCUGAUUGACUACUCCAAGUGGGGCGAUUUGGCUGUUAGCGGCGAUGAGGGGAGGAGGGGGGGAAGAAGAUUUCUCCCCUCCGCGACGUCGCACCAGCCUCGUCCUCUGCCCACCUCGCAUCGCAUAGCCAGUCGUUCCCCUCGCCUGUCCUCGCCGGCCCUCACCUCGCCUGCCCGCGCUUACAUGCCGUUUCUCGUCGCCUUCUGCCUCCUCGCACUACUGAGGUUGCACGUACGCGCAAGGCGAAUCGGGAGCAUGCGAUGUCCUUUUAUCGGGCCUGCAGCUGGCACAUGGCCUGGCGCGUUGCAAGGGGGAGGAGGGGAUCAGGGGGGAGGAGCCUGCCUGGGCUAGCAUGGCGCACCCCCAGCCGCAGUGGCCCCCCCCUCUCCUACCUGCCCCCAGAUCAGGGGUUCGUUCGGACGCCACAAAUCUAUUGCGCACCAGGUCCGAGGGUCAGACGCAUCCAACCUAGCGUGCACGAGGGAGGCGGAGAGGGACAUCUGGCAGCACUGGUUCUCCCCGGCGACUUCAGCAGGGAGAGGCUGCUGGUGGCCUGGGUGGCCUCCCAGCACGGCAUGGGGUCGCAGUUGCACAUCCUCGGUGCUGUCUAGCGCCUUGCUAUGAGGCAUGGUCGAGUGUUGGUGCCCACUGCCACUUUUGAGAGGGCCUACCACGCUGAGUGCAAUGGCGCCCUCUCCUCCAUCCAGUGCUACUUCUUCCCGCUCGUCUUACCUGCCUGUGAGAGUGCAGCAGCUGGGCAGGUGCCUGCAUGCACAGCCCACGAGGAGGCGGCGAGGGACACGGUGUUGGCGAGUGCCAGCCGCGUGGCGUGCUUCCAUGGGGAGCCGUACAAUGGGCUGGCGCUGGAAGCACUAGUAAUCAGCCGGGGGCGGAUUUGGGGGCAGCAGCAGCAGCAGGCGCCCCUGCAGAGGCGGCAGAGGCGGGAGCUGCGGUGCACGCAGCGGCAGCAGUAGCUGGGGCCGCCACCGCAGAGGAGGCAGCAACAGCCGAUCUUGCGAGGGGCGCAGCGAUCGGGACUCAGGAUGCCGCAGAGGCGGUAGCGGCUGAGGCCGCUACAGCGGCCAGGGCGGAUGCCGGGGAAGCAGCAGAAGGAGUCCCUACUGAGGCGGCAGGGGCAGGGGUAAGGGCAGAGGCAGCAGCAGCAUCAGCAACAGGAGCACGUGCAGGGGCAGCUUUGGCAGCAGCUGGAGCGGCAGGGAUAGGAGGGCUGCCGGCGGCGGCAGCGGCAGCAAGGCUGCCUACGGCGGAGGCCGCAGCAAAAAAAACGGUCGUACGAGCUCUCGCACGGGCUGUUGCCAGGGGGGGGGAUGUAUGCAUGUCUGGCAGCCACUGCGGUGGCAGCGGAGGAGGCAGAGGUAGGAGCUACUCCGGGGAAGGCAGCCAGGGAGAGCGCCGUAGGGAGACCGGCAGCAAGUGCUGCGGCAGGGAAGGCAGCAGCGGGAGCGGCGGCCGUGAAAGUAGCAAAGGGUCCCGCUGUUUCGAAGGCAGCAGCUAGCAGGGCCGCGACAGCGGCUGCUGCGACGGCGGCGGUGACAGCAGACACAGGGGCAGCAGGGGGUGCCGCACCGGAGGCAACUGUAGAAAAGUAGACUUGAUGUGCAUAGCUGUAAGAUGCACAAGUUGGAGAUGGUAAAGAUAGGUUCCAAGAGGAGCCCUAGAAAGUGUAAGACAAAAAAGUAAACAAAGAUGACAAAGACAUUAGGCUAAGUAGGCCCAGAUUGUGAAGAAGAGAGAGAUGGAGAAGUGCUGGGCGACUUGGGCUGGUCCAGGUGAGGAGAAUGGCACCCAAGAGGCUUGGGGUGCCCAAUUGGGUGCUCAAGUCGCCCAUAGUCAAGGUGGGGACGUGAGGAACCCUCAAAGUGGGCCUGGAAGCGCCCCCACUAGUGGAACCGCGAUUCCACAAGUUGGAUUUGUGGUUCCACAAGCUGGAACCGCAUUUUCAUGGUUGAGAAACGUGGGUCCAGGUUGGAGUCGCGUCCCAAAUGUUGGGAUGCGUGGUGAGGUACCCCAAUUCGGAUUUUGGGGUGCCUAGCCUCUGAUAAAAUCACUUGGGGGGCACCCUAUUCCUAAUAUGACCCAACCACUAAUGUCUACACCUAAUAUAAUGUAACACAUUAC